CCGCAGCACUGAGGCCGAUUAGGCAACCAACACUCUCGUUCUCAAAAUGAAGUGUGGACAGACGUAUCGCGUACCUUUCAUAGGUACCACUACGACACCACGCCCCGAUCCUCCUCCCCCGGAGCCUUCCGUGCCCACACCAUUCCCUACAAUCAUUGUCACCUCGCCUCUGCAGUUCACCCACUUCAUCCGACAGGACGUCACCUUCUUUAUGGUGAACAUUACGGAUCUCUUACACUAUGAUCCACCCUGUCCCGACGCCGAGCUCAUCCUUCUGGAGCAAGAUCCUCCUUCUAUGUCCAUGGCUCCCAUCUCUACUUCCCACCCUCCGCCGUCCGUCGAAUCCACCCCGUCGUCGUGCGUCGACGCUGACGCUGAGGAACUCGCACGCUAUACGGCCGACCUGGAGCCCGCAGUUCGUGACCUCAUUCGAGAGUACCACGAUGUUUUCCCAUCGUCGUUCUCGUACGCCGGCAUCCCACCGAUGCGUGACGUCGAGCACUCCAUCCAGCUUGUGCAUGACUAUCGUGUUCACCACCAGGCACCCUACAGACUCUCGAUCCCCGAGGCCACCGAACUCGAGCGUCAGCUUGAGGAGCUCUUGAGACUGGGUUUCAUUAAACCCAGCAACUCCUCGUGGGGUGCACCCGUUCUCUUUGCUCGGAAAGCGGAUGAAGCUCUCCAUCUUUGCAUCGACUAUCACGGUCUCAACCGCUACACGGUUAAGAACAGCUACCCCAUGCCUCGUUCCAACGAGCUGUUCGACCGCCUAGUAGGAAACCGCUUCUUUAUGAAGAUUGAUCUUCGUAGCGGUUACCAUCAGAUCCGCGUCGCUGCAGCGGACCAGCCGAAGACAGCAUUCCGAUCGCACUUCGGCCACUAUGAGUUUACGGUGAUCCUCACCAACGCACCCGCUACCUUCCAGAGGGCGAUGAAUGACAUCUUCAGGGACAUCCUGGAGCAGUACGUUCUCGUCUACCUCAUCGAUAUCCUGGUCUACAGUCGUACCCUUGAGGAGCAUCUCAUACACCUCCGCGACGUCCUUGACCGCUUGCGCAGACAUGGCUUCUACGCCAAGUUGAGCAAGCGCCACUUUGCACAGCACAAAGUGGAUUUCUUAGGACACUACGUGUUUGACCAGGGUCUCCACAUGGACGACACGAAGAUCACAGCUAUUGCGGAGUGGCCCAUCCCCAUAUCCGCCAAGCAGCUUCGCAGCUUCCUAGGCCUUACCAGCUACUAUAGUAAUUUCAUCAAGGGAUAUGCUAGAUAUUCCUACGUCCUUACCUCCACCCUCCUCCGGCAGAACCCGCCAUGGGCUUGGACACCCCUCCACGAGGACGCCUUCCGCGCCCUCGAGAAGGCGGUGACAUGUGCACCGGUUCUUCACCUACCCGAUUUUUAUCGCCCUUUUAUCCUUACCACUGAUGCGUCAAACUUUGCUGUAGGAGCAGUGCUUUCCCAGAUUUUCCCUUCCUCUCCUGAUUCCUCUCAUCCUCAUAUCCCUCGCUUCCCAUCCCCUACCCCUACCACUGCCUCCCGCUUGACGCCUACUCGUCCCGCUACUGACGAGCCUUGUAUUGACUACUCUCCUACCAUCGCCGAGGACAGCACUGUCGAGUCUCGCUCAGAGUGUCCCACCUGUCAGGCGGUGAACAGUGCGAACCACUUGCCUUAUGGUUUGCUCCAGCCUCUUCCUAUCCCUGAGGGUCGUUGGCAGUCCAUCUCGAUGGACUUUAUCGGUCCUCUUCGUCCUCCGACCCCCUGCGGUCAUGAUGCUAUCCUGGUUGUCAUCGACAGCUUCACGAAGCGUGCACGCUUUGUUCCGUGCUGCUAUGCCAUCAGUGCACGUGAGAUCACCGACAUCGUGUUUAACCUAGUCGUGUGAGACCACGACUUACCUCUAAGCAUCAUAUCUGACCAUGACCCGCGCUUUACCAGCCGAUUCU